AUGAAAUUCUUUAAAAAACUCUUAAAAUGCUUCAAGAAAACCAAAAAACAAAAUAAUAGUUGGGAUAAUAUUUGCGAAAAAGUUGAGUCUUGGUCAACAAAGUCAAUGGACGAUAAAGAAGAAUCUUUUGAAACCACCUUACCGACUGUUGAAUUUGAUAAUCAAUUCUCUGUUCUUGAAUUAAAAUUUUAUACAAGAUAUGAAGAAUAUGUUGACGAUGUGAGAAAAGAAGACACUGAGAAAUAUGAGAAAUUCAAGAUGUAUUUCUUAUUUUUGGAUGCACAUAUACGUAGUUACUAUAAUCUCUUUCACAAUGCGAUAUGGUACUACAACAAAACUGGUGCAUUCGAUUUAUUGCUCUGGAGAAGAAAGCAAUAUGAAGAGGAUUUUGA